CGCCUCAGCUCCUCCCACCGGACAGGUGACGCGCACCGUGUCCGUUUCGCUGUCGGACUGGUUUUUUACUGGUUGCUGUUUGUCUAUCCGGGUCCUCCCGCUCCAGCUGAGGACGGGUCAGAACCAGAACUGAACUCCGGGUAUUACUGGUGCUUUCACGGACUUCCGGGAUGUUUCAUCUCGCCGUUCUCUCCUUCUUAAUGUGGACCGGACCGGGACCGGGAGCUGCCACCGUGUUUGAGAUAAACAUCCGGCUCCUCCCCCAGCAGACCGCCACGCUGCCGUGUCGAGCAGCCAAAGACAAGUCCGUCGUCGCUCUGGACUGGAGCCGGCCCGACAUGUCGCCAGAGGUAGUGUUUCUGUUCAGAGACAACCACGUCUACCAAGAAUUCCAGCAUCCGUCUUUCAGGAACCGAGUGGAUCUGCUGGACAGGGACAUGAAGGACGGGGACGUGUCUCUGGUUCUGAGGAAUGUGACAACUGCUGAUAGCGGAUCGUACGAGUGUCGAGUCUUACAGAAGAAACCUCUCCCUUUCCUCUGGAAGACUCGACGCUCGAAGAGGUCUGUUAUGAUUUCUGACCCGAUCAUCAUCAUCAAGCUGCAGAUUGUCCAUUCAGGUCCGAUAGACACCAACAAGGAGGACAAGGUCAUUCACAACAUGAAAAACUGGAAUCGGGCAUUUGAAGAGAUGGACGUUCGAGAAUAUCUCACUCUAGUGAGCGUGCUGGCGGUGGUGGUCUUUCUUCUGAUGGCCAUGACUAGAUGUGUUACCAGAUAUUGGUCCAAACAUCCGUCCAGGUGAUCAGUGUGGUCAAAACGGACCACGUUGGUUUAUUUCUGUUCUGUUUAUUUUUUUUAGCACCAGUUCACAAUGAAACCCGUUUGGGUUUGGUACAGAUUCAGUGAUUUUACUUCAUACACCGACAGACUUUUACUCUUUAAAUCAACGUUCAGUGACAGAAAAGUUACACAAUGUUUAUGAAAGGUUGAACUUCAAAUAUGAACCAAAGGGCACAAAAACAAAUUAAAACGGGCUCAAAUGUUAAAGGUAUAUUCCACCGAUUCCUGAAAACUCUGUUGACGUAUUUCCCAGAGUUAGAAAAGUAGGAAAAAGAAACUAUUUUUAGGCAGCCCAGUCGUUCUCCUGACCUGGCUGCACUCCUUUAGCUUUAGCUUAGCAUAAAACACAGUAAGUGAAUGGGACCAGCUAGCAUUGUGAGUCCUUAAACUCUUUCAGUAGUGAUCUCAGUCCUGCUUGGUGACCUAAACAAUCAGACAAACUGCGGGUGAAAAUAAUUGGUAACAUGAAGGAAUCACAGGCGCCAUUUUGGACCUUGGACUACUUUAUGACGAAGCUCAGCACGUUGUUGGCAAACCGCCAUAAAAACACACGUUCACACACAUCAAAGGGUGGAAUAUCCCUUUAAAUGUUCCAAGAGUUGAAGGACUCAUGCUUCAGUACAAUGUUGAAGUCAUUCCAACCAUAACACGAAAUCUAAAUAUCCAAAAAGAGUAAAGUGGAGUUUAAACUAGAAUCAGACUUUAGAACACAAAUCUUAGCUCCGCCCACAGGUGAUCAUCUCCACCUUCUGGUUGGUCAGAACUCCUGAUUGUCAUAAACGUAUUGAUCAGGUUUUAUUGCUCUCACAGUGACUGCAGUGCUCACUUAGCUGGUUUUAAUAAAGCUGCUUCAAUUCAA